CGAAAACUUCUUUUCUCUUUUUCCAUCAGAAUAAGUCUUCCGUCAUAACAUAUAAUCAUCAUAUUAAACAAAUUUAAAAACCGAAUAAUUACUCAUUAUACCAAAUUUCACAAGAUUAAGAAUCAAAACAUAUCAAUCCGAUCAUGGACAGCAAAGACUUUCAGAAGAAAAUCGACGACCAAGUUAGAAAUCACACAGAAGGAAGAAGCAAUGAAAAAGAAGGAGACAACUUAAGAGAAGGGGGAGCAAAUACGGGAGAAGGGGAGGAGAGAAAUCAAGGAGCAGACGAUGAAGACAGAGAAGGAGAACGGAAAGGAAACAAGAGUGGAGAGAAAGAAGAGAAUGCAGACAAUCCAAGCGCAAGAACGGAGAACAACCAGAGUCAGGAUCCCAGCUAGUUGGACCCGUUAGGAUCAAGAAACCAAAGGGGAAAGCACCCAUGGAACCCUUCGACAACCAACUCACUAAUCCGUCGACAUCGACAAACCCCCCAACGAGCAACCCCCCCGUCCUUACUCAAUUAGCACAUCAGUCUACCCAACCGAACCGACCCCCACCCCCCCAACAACAGACGACGAAUGCCCACACCGACCGGAGGCAAGACAAAUGGGAAAGUGAAUCCGAAAAUGGCAGUGUGGAUGGAACUAGAAAGACUGAUGAAAGGAGGAACCGAAUAGUAGGAGGUAUCUACAAGAACCUAAUUUUGGGAACCAGACUCCACAGGAGAUCAACCUGUCAUUGAACGAACGGUCGUGUCAAAUCCGGAGGAGACAGGAGAUCCGAUGAUGUUGAUGCUAGAUGCUCAAAUCAACGCAGCUUUCAAUUCCCACAACAGAAACCUUACUGGGCAUCUGCGAUGCGAGACCUUUCGAGGUACAUCCCCCUCUCGAUCUUUGAUCCCAACUGGCUCCGCCAGGACCUCAACCUCACGUCCAAUAAAUCAUCACGGACGAAAACCAAAGAUGCCGACUCGAUAGCCUAUAACGGCUCCCCGGUACCGAGCGAAUGGCGAACUUCGGUGGCCCAAUGGCACCGACAGAAGGAUUUAUUCAUGGAAUACCUGAAGUUCUAUAAACAUGAUGAAGUCGUAUCGUCGAUGGUAGAACACUUCGCGAACGUCCUUUCGAGUUGGUGAAGAGGAAGAUAUGGCAGAUAUCGGUGUUUGGAAUAAGGCAAUUGAAAAACGAGCUGAAAGGAAUACGAUAAAGAGAGGCGAUGAUCUUUAUUUAGAUAACCCAUACGCCCACGGACAAGUCAAACAGUACAUCGACCCGAUUGACGGAGAGAACAUCAAACGACCCAAGCGAUCUUCAACCGCCAACCUCACGUCACUCAUGCAUCGACUAGUACCUUCGCCCCAACGUUCCAACCCCCGACCCAGCCAGCAAAUCACAAGCUCGCCAUCAAUCCUAAUUAUAAAGGUAAUCCCGCAAAUUAUAUUCAUAAUUAUCGACCAAACUUCAAAGGCGGCCGAAGCAAUGGAGGAGAGAGCGGGUCGAGUAGUGGCCAAGGCGGAUCUAAUUUGUUUUUUUUCCUACUGUCGAAAAGUUUCUUGUAGUUGGUUAAGAAGAAGGAACCACAAACAAAUCUCUCAUCAUGUCUAAUGACCCCAUGUUUUCCUCCAUGCAACCGAAUGACUGUAGUCAAGAAAUGAACUCCCAAACCCCAGAAGUAAACUUCAGAAUCCCGCACUUCACCGUGAGGAGAGAUGACCGCUUCCCAUCAGGCGUCAAAUGUGAAAAGUUUUAAAGAGGGCUUUGACCAAGGUAUACCGGUACAUACAAUCCAAGACCGACCAUGGUACACAGGAGGUAUACGAUCAUUUCGGCUUCUUUCGUUCGAAUCCGAUGGGCAGCGUCACGAAUAAUGACGGGUCCUUCCGAAUGAUAAGCAACCUAUGGUUCCCUCGACAUGAUGUAGGUAUCCCUUUGGUAAACUCAUUUGUCGACAAAGAAGACUUUGAGACGACCUGGGACGACUUUGCCGUAGUGGCUGUUUUCUAAUACUCGACUUUCACAACCGUCUAUGGAUAGAUACGAGAGUGGGUUUUGGUGGGGUGGCAGGUUGUGGAACGUUUGGUAGAGCCGCCGAUGUUUUGAGCCAACACAUGGGCGUAAAAACUAACCACACAAAGUACUCAGAUUUCGCCGAUGAACAAAAAUACUUGGGAUUCAUCUUUUAGGAGGGGCGAAGUGGAAAAAGAAAGACGUUGACAAAUUUGUCGGACGUCUAGGACACACGAC